AAAGUGCAAAAAAAGUUCCAGAUUUUUUCGAACAUUUGAAAAUAUGCUAAGAUAGUCCGCUGCACCGGUAGCACAAGCUCCCGUGCACGGGAUACGUCCUCAGAUUUCGGGAGUCCAAUAGUUUGCGUUGCAAGGAUACGUUUGCUUGCUGCAAUGAGGUCCUUGUCAACUUACAACCCAAGUUACAGCCAGACUCGGAUCGAACCUCACGGCAACGCGACCUCAACACAUGUAAUACAUCUCCGGAUAUACUUAAAAAAAAAAACACAUCUCCGGAUGCCCAAACUUAAACCCAAAUCUACCCCCACACGGCCCUACCUCCUCACCAGCAAACCUGGCAAAUAAUAGCCGGCAACACAACACCCAAACAACCAGGAAAAUCCACACGCCAUCAUGGCCACCACGCGACUCCGCCUCCUACUCCUCAUAUUUACGCUGCUCGCCGGCACCGCCGUCUUCUCCGUCUCCGCUGCCCGCGACGCCACUGACGAGACGGUGGUCGCGGGUCCGGUCAGCGACGUCCCCGACGAGACGGUGGUCGCGGGUCCGGUCGGCGCGGAGCCGAGCGCGUACGAGAUGUUGGAGAAAUUUGGCUUCCCGAAGGGAAUACUCCCGGUGGGCGUCACCGACUACACGCUCCGGCGGUCGGACGGCGCGUUCCAGGUGUUCAUGGACAAGGAUUGUGAGUUCGAGGUGGACGGCGGGUACAAGCUUACCUACAAGCAGACGAUCUCCGGCAGGGUGGCCGGCGGCAGCUUGUGGGACCUCCGGGGCGUCUCGGUGAAGAUCUUCUUCGUCAACUGGGGCAUCGACCAGGUGCUCAUGGCCGACGCCGACCACCUCAUGUUCUACGUCGGCCCGCUCUCCCAGGCCUUCACGUCGGACAACUUCGAGGAGUCCCCGCAGUGCAGGUGCGGCGUCGCGGAUGUUGGCGAGAGCGCCGGCGUCGGCGUGGCGGCGAUGUAGAAUCGGGCAGUUGGUUACGUGAUUGCAUAUACGUACGUGUACGCAACAAACUGUUGGUUAAUUUGGUUUCCGGGAUUGGUGCGUGCAAUUCUUGCACGCGAUGCUGUGAAUUAGUUUAUGUAAGUCGACGGAUGCACAGCACGAUUGGUGUGCGUGCAAUGCGCUGCACACGGAGGAAAAGGACCCCAUCAAAUAGGGUGUCGAUUCUAUUUGCCUUAUUUUUGUGAUUCUUCUUCUUUUUCUUCUUCACAAUGCGUGCAAUUGUCAUAUUUUGCUUAGUACUCCCUCCGUCUCAUAAUAUAAGAGCGUUUUUGACAUUAGUGUAGUGUAAAAACGCUCUUG